UUCCUUUCUUGUCUAUGUUAUGGAGUCCCUGCCACUGAAGUAAAGUAUAAAAGAUAGGACUCCUCAUUGACAAUCACACAAUCUACACUGAAGUUCUGAAAGGGAAGAUUUGACAUAAAGAUUCAUCAUGGCAGUCAUGAGAGCUCUUGUGCUUCUUUUCUUGGUCUUUUCUGUUGAGAGUGCACCAGCUCAUGAGAAAUGCUCCUAUGGAUUGACACCUUUUGGUGUGCAAUGCUACAAAUUCUUCUCUGAGUCAGUAAACUGGGCCACAGCUGAGAAAAACUGUCAAUCCAUUGAUGCAAACCUUGCACCUGUGCGCAGUAAAGUGGAAAACGACUUUCUUCUGAGUCUGAUUGUGCCUGCUGACAAACGUGCUUGGAUUGGUGGCCAUGAUGGCGAAAUUGAAGGACAAUGGCUCUGGGCUGACGGAUCUCAAUUUGACUUUACCAGCUGGUGCUCUGGGGUACCUGACAAUUAUAAAAAUACACCAGAGAACUGCCUGGAGAUAAACUUAAACCUUCCAGAGUACUCAUUACGCAAUUGCUGGAAUGAUGCGCCUUGUUCAACCACAAUGAGUUACAUUUGUGCCAAACCCAUGUGAUCAUAAAAAUCAAUCUGUUUCAAAAGUACUGUGAUUGUACUACAUGCCUAUACAUUUUUUCUGAUCUUAUCUUUAAAAUCUUUCAAAUAUCUCUGAAAUGAUCUUAAAAAAUUACUGAACCUUUCUGAAAACUUCUCAAAUCAUUAAAAUCAUUUAUAAAGCAAAUUUUGUGCAUUGUGGAGUCAGAAUUUAAGUCAUGUAAAAAGUAAAGGUUAUUUUUACUAUAAAACUAGAAAACAAUAUCUAUAUCUGGACAAUGUAUAAACAAAUUUACCAUAUGACACUAAUAUCUGAUUGUUAGUUAGUCCUACAGUUAACUUGC